AUGGCGCCACCGCUAAGACCCUCCCGGCGCCGCCUCCUCACCCUUCUCUUCCCCUUCCUCAUCCUCCUCCUCCACGGCGGUGCCGUCGUCGUCGUCGCGAGAGGCCUCGAGUGCCACACCGUCAUCCUGUCCCCUAUGUCGAAGCAGCCACCGCCGCUCGGGCCCCCGGAGGAGGAGGAUGAUGGCCCCUCCUGGUCAGUCGACUCGGAGGACCUGAGCACCGUCCCCUUCCGCGACCUCGGGCCUGACUCAUUCCGCCUCCGGUUGCACCACUGGGACUCCCUCCUCGCCGCCGCCAACUCCACGCCGGAGGCCCUCUUCCGGCUCCGCCUCGAGCGCGACUCCGCCCGCGUCUCCGCCCUCGAGGACCUCGCCGGAAGGCCCUCUCGCCGGCGAGACAACGUCACCAAGGCCCGCUCCGGCGGGUUGAGCGGCGUUGUGGUUUCCGGGCUGGCGCUGGGCAGCGGCGAGUACUUCACCCGUAUCGGGAUCGGCACCCCUGCCACCUCCGCCUACAUGGUGCUCGACACGGGCAGCGACGUCGUGUGGAUCCAGUGCGCCCCCUGCCGGCGGUGCUACUCCCAGAGUGACCCCAUCUUCGACCCAGCGCGGUCCCGCUCCUACGCCGCCGUCCCCUGCGGCUCCCCGCUGUGCCGCGGCCUCGACGCCGCCGGCUGCGACACCCGGAGGAGCUCCUGCCUCUACCAGGUCUCCUACGGGGACGGCUCCGUCACGGCGGGCGACUUCUCCACCGAGACCGUCACCUUCAGCGGCGGCGCGCGCGUCGCCGGCGUGCCCUUUGGCUGCGGCCACGACAACACGGGCCUCUUCGUCGCCGCCGCCGGGCUCCUCGGCCUCGGCCGCGGGAGGCUCUCGUUCCCCUCACAAGCCGGCCGGCGCGUCGGGCGGCGCUUCUCCUACUGCCUGGUUGACCGCACCUCUGCGGCGGCGGCGCUGCCGACUCGCCGCCCCCGUUCGUCUACGGUGAUCUUCGGGCCGGCGGCGGUGCCGAGUUCCACCGGGGUGGCCUUCACGCCGAUGGUGGCGAACCCGCGCCUGGACACCUUCUACUACGUGGAGCUGGUGGGGAUCAGCGUUGGCGGCGCCCGCGUGCCGGGCGUCCUCGCGGCGGACCUGCGGCUCGACCCGGCGACGGGGAAGGGCGGCGUGAUCGUCGACUCCGGCACGUCGGUGACCAGGCUCGCGCGGCCGGCGUACACGGCGCUGCGCGACGCCUUCAGGGCCGGCACGGCGGGGCUGAAGCCUGCGGCGAGCUUCUCUCUGUUCGAAACCUGCUACGACCUCAGCGGGAUGACGGAGGUGAAGGUGCCCAAGGUGGUGAUGCACUUCAGGGGCGCGGGCGGCCGCGCCGCCGUCGCCGACCUUGCGCUCCCGGCGGAGAACUACCUCAUACCGGUGGCCACCAACGCGGUCUUCUGCUUUGCCUUCGCCGGUACCGACAGCGGCAUUUCCAUCAUCGGCAACAUCCAACAGCAGGGGUUCCGCGUCGUCUUCGACGGCGCUGGCUCCCGCGUCGGCUUCGCUCCCGGCGCUUGCUGA